CUUAUCAGUAGAUUUCUAUCUUGUAGUGGUAAAGCUAGGAGGAAAAAACAAAAGCUUCCUCCGAACGUAACACCCAAAGGCCAGCAUCAUCUAUCCACCAUCUCAUUGCCCGUUAAUUUCCCAGACCAGGAUACUUCCGCCCUUACAUCCUUCAAUCACCGACAAACAAACUUUGACAUCCAACAACAUGGCGCCCAAAAGAGCCCGCGACGAGGACCCGGCAACCGGCGCCCCCGACAAGAAGAAGGCCAAGCACGGCUUCCGUGUUGGUCCUGAGAACCUCCCGGAUGGAGCGUGGAAGCGCAAAGUCACCAAGAUCAAGAAGGAGCUCAUCACCAAGGCCAAAGUCAAGAAGCAAUACGCCAAAAUCAAAGCCCAGAAAGAAGCCGAAGCCGCAGCUGCCCCCGGUGUUCCCAUCGGGCCCGUUCUAGAUGCCCGUGUCACCGAGGAGGACAACGACAACAACAACAAGAACGACGACGAGGUACAGGGAGAUGUAGACGCCCCCGCGCCCAUCCACCCCUCGCGGCAAAUCCUGGUCGAGAAAGGCGCCGCCGCCAAAGCAGCUAGAGCCGAACAACAGCAACAGACAGCCAACGAAGAAUCGUCACAUAACGAUGCCAACGGAGAAGAACCAGCAGAACCAACAACAACAACAACCCCACCCACCACCACGAUCCAAAAAGACGACGACGAAGUCUACAUCCCCCCACCCAUGGACCCCAACAUGCACCCCUCGCGCCUUCCCAAACGCCACCGCAAACCAAACUACUACGAAAAGGAGCUAGCGCUGGCCGAGAAGAAGAAGAAGCAGGCCGAAGAGCGGGCGGCCGAGAUUGCGCGGCGCGAGGAGGAGAAGCGCCAGCGGAUCGCCGAGAGAGAGAAGUAUCGCAAGCAAAUGGCCAAGGCGAGGCAGCCGGGAGCGAGGGAUGGGAAGAUGAAGCUUGGCAGACAGGGGAAUUUGUUGUUGGAUAAGGUUAAGAGGAUUGUUGGGCAGUGAAAACUAAGUGGAAAGAGCGCGGUUGUGGAGGUUGGUUGGACCUGGACUUGGACCGAUGUGUUACAGGGAGGGAGGAGUGCUCGGAAGCGAGUUGGGCGAGUUGGGCGAGUUGGGCAAGGGAGGGCUGGACAAUGUUGGUCUGUUGGUCUGUUGGGAGAUGAGUUUGUGCCCAUGUCUACCAUGUUUGCGUGGAUGUUGGUGGGAUUUUUUGACAAAAAGUUGCGUCUGUGAAAGAAAUGAUACCCGGCCUAGGAAAGAGAGGAAGGAAAGAAAGUGCGAUUGUAAUGUCAUUGAGAAGGCCAGUCAAAUUAUUCAUGUGUGUGUUUAAAGAAUGAACGAGAGUUUCAUCAU